GCUGCACUUGUUCUGUUAGCAGUUUGCAGCGGCCAUUUCAAAGAGACCGUCACAAAGACGAGAGGGAGAUCAGAGAAGCACCCAUUCCCAAGAUGCUGGCACCCUGCCUGCUGAGAAGAGUGAUCCUUACAGUUCCUUUAUUUUUUGUGAUUGCACUGCUUCUCGCAGAGCCGGUUAGAUCUGAUCAGGAAGCGGGAACAGCCAUACCAGCUGAAAGUCGUCCCUGUGUUGAUUGCCAUGCAUUUGAGUUCAUGCAGAGGGCUCUGCAGGAUCUAAAGAAGACAGCAUAUAAUCUAGACACACGGACAGAAACUCUGCUUCUUCAGGUGGAAAAGAGAAAUCUAUGCGACUGUGUAACUGCAAAUCUGCUGAACUGAAUCCUGGAGGCCUGCUAAGGAGUGUCACCUGUUCAGCAGUUUUUAAAAGGCAGCUGUAUAAAAUACAGCUUUACGGAGUUCAUGUUGCAAGCAUGUAUGCCCCAAUGUACUGAGAAAAUUGGGGGGUUGUACCUUAUGUAUAUGUCUGUUCUAUUUUUUGUUUGUUUGUUUGUUUUUUAAUAGUACCCUCUUGUCAUAUCACUGGGUUGCCAGUAAGGGCUCAGUUCCGUACAUCUGUUACUUGGUAU